AUGUGUGCUGUCCUGCUGUGUACCGUCCUGAUGUGUGCUGACCUGCUGUCCUGCUGUCCUGCUGUGUACCGUCCUGCUGUGUACCGUCCUGAUGUGUGCUGUCCUGCUGUGUACCGUCCUGCUGUGUACCGUCCUGAUGUGUGCUGUCCUGCUGUGUACCGUCCUGCUGUGUACCGUCCUGAUGUGUGCUGUCCUGCUGUGUACCGUCCUGCUGUGUACCGUCCUGACGUGUGCUGUCCUGCUGUCCUGCUGUGUACCGUCCUGCUGUGUACCGUCCUGAUGUGUACCGUCCUGCUGUGGACGUGGUGUGAACUGAGCAUUGACGAGUGUGUGUCGAACCCGUGCCAAAACGGCGGGAGCUGCGUGGAUGGUCCCAAUCGAUACCAGUGCUUAUGUGCUGGAGGCUUCAUGGGUUUCCACUGCGAGACCAACACUGAUGAAUGCAUGUCGGGUCCCUGUCUUCACGGGAGGUGCAUUGAUGGAGUGGAUGUGUAUUACUGCCAGUGUGAAUUGGGAUGGACUGGUGCCAGAUGUGAAAUGAACAUUGAUGAGUGUUCUUCCAGUCCGUGUCUGAAUGGUGGCUCCUGUGUGGACUUGGUUGAUAAAUAUGCGUGUUUCUGUCUGGAUGGAUACACUGGAAAGAACUGUGACAUUGACAUAGACAUCUGUCUAGAAACCCCCAUCAAUGUCACCCUGUGUUUAAAUGGAGGGACUUGUCUCGAUGGCCAAGGCUCCAAUUUCACCUGCAGUUGUCCAGCAGGUUUCAUAGGUGACUUCUGUGAGAUGGACAUUAAUGAAUGCUGUUCAGAUCCAUGUCUCCACGGGGCAAUCUGCCGAGACCUGCUUAACGGAUACCUCUGCCACUGCAGGGCAGGUUGGACAGGCCUUCACUGUGAGUUGGACAUUAAUGAGUGCCUUCCGCAACCCUGCAACCAGGGGAUGUGCAUCCAGAACGAGCCUGGCUACGGCUACACCUGUUUCUGUCGUCCUGGAUUUGUGGGGAGGAACUGUGAGCACAAUUACGAUGACUGCCUGGUCCAGCCGUGUCCGGGAGGAUACUCCUGUGUUGAUAGUAUCAACGAGGUCAGCUGUCAGCCAGCCGAGGGAGACAUGUCCUCUGUGCCCUGGGAGCCUUCUAUGACACAAACCCCUCGGGGGAUCCCUGCUCACCACGUCACCAAUGUCACCAGUGUCACCGGGACAGCAACCUUACCCUGGUCCAGGGUCAACUCUGUUAUGGUGUGCAUGUACCCAGGGGACAGCAACCUUACCCUGGUCCAGGACUCCAGCUAUGUCCAGUACUCUGGUAAUUCCUACUUGGAGUUUGAGGGCAUAGACCUUGGUGCCAACAACAACAUCACUGUGAGGUUUCAGACCCAGGAGGCCCAGGGGACCAUCCUGUACGUGGACCAAGGAGCAGUGACCAGGGGCUUCUUUUUCAUGAAACUCUUCAUCCAGGAGGGAAUGCUACAGUAUGUCUUCUCCUGUAACCGAGAGGAAGGUAUCAGAAGGAUCAAUACCUCCAUCCGUGUUGACGACGGCAAUCCAUACAUCGUCUACGUCAGUUGUGCCACAGCCACCAAACGCCACACAGCCAGCCUGCAAAUGACAGGUUUAACAAAUCAGGGUUGA